AUGGUUGCCGACGCUUUAGUUUACCACCCUGCCCUGGCGCACUAUUUGCGCUUCGUCGCGACGACAGUCGGCCGUGACAAGAUCCUGCGGACGCUGCAAUACUUCUCCCGCUUCUACGCCUGGUACCUAUACCGCACCAACCGUCCCCAGUCCGCCAUCGACCCCUACAACGCCAUCAAGAAGCAGUUCGGCACCACACGGAAGAUCCUCCGCAUCGGCAAGUUCAUCGAGCACCUCAAGGCUGCCGCGCUCGCCGCCGACAACAAGAGCCCCAUCGACCCCGUGCUGCGCUAUCUCGCCAUCGGCCGCCAGCUCGGCUACGCCGGAUACCUGUCCCUCGACACCAUCACUGUCGUCGAUGUGAUCGGCGUGAAGAAGCUCGCCUCGGCCAAGCGGCUGCAGGAGUCGGCGUACCGCGCCUGGAUGGCGGGUUUGGCCUGCAGCGCUGUCGCCGGGCUCUAUACGCUGUGGAAACUGCAGGAGAAGGAGAAGACGAUCGACCGGAAGGAGGGUGAGGGUGUUGUAGAGGCUAAGAAGCUCGAGAAGGAACGUGCUGCAGCGCGUAUUCAACUGAUCUCGGAUCUGUGCGAUUUGACAGUGCCCGUCUCUGCACUGGGCUUCGCCUCUCUCGACGACGGAUUGGUGGGUAUUGCCGGUACCGUGAGCAGUUUGAUCGGCGUGUGGUCGCAAUGGCGCAAGACCGCUUAA